GAUGGAAAGUUCUUCGUUUUUGAGAGCGCUGAUCUGAAUGAGGAACGGAAGGAUGUGGUGCAGUCGCUUUUAGAUAAGUCUGAAAUAACUGGUGCUGUUCCAAAAAACUCACGGUGAAAAUUCAUUGAAUUCUAAACCAUUCACCGAACUAGCGUGCCAAAUGGGGAAUCGUGUUGUUCGCGAAGAUUUUGAGUGGGUUUAUACAGAUCAGCCUCACGCGAAUCGGAGGAAAGACAUUUUGGCGAAAUAUCCAGAGAUCAAAUCUCUGAUGGGACCUGACCCUAGACUGAAAUGGAUCGUCUGUAUGAUGGUUGCGGUCCAGUUUUUGGCUUUCUACCUGGUGAAGGAUCUGCCCUGGAAAUGGGUCUUGUUCUGGACGUAUGUGUUUGGGAGUUGCUUAAACCAUUCAAUGACACUAGCUAUUCACGAGAUCUCUCACAACACGGCUUUCGGUAACAACCGUGCAAAAUGGAACCGCUGGUUUGCCAUUUUUGCCAAUCUUCCCAUUGGGUUGCCUUACUCGGCAUCCUUUAAACGCUACCACCUAGACCACCAUCGGUACUUGGGUGGAGAUGGUGUGGAUGUUGACAUCCCCACUGAUUUUGAGGGCUGGUUCUUUUCCUCCCGCUUCCGCAAGCUUGUCUGGAUCAUGUUUCAACCACUGUUUUAUGCCAUUCGUCCCCUCUGCAUAAACCCGAAGCCCAUCAGUCAGCUAGAACUCGUGAAUGUGGCCAUACAGUUCACCUUUAAUGGUCUGCUCUGCUGGAUGUGGGGUGCCAAGCCCUUGGUCUAUAUGUUGAUGGGGUCGAUGUUAGGGAUGGGUCUCCAUCCCAUCUCGGGACACUUCAUUGCUGAGCAUUAUAUGUUCCUCAAAGGCCAUGAGACCUAUUCUUACUAUGGAUCGCUCAACCUGCUCACAUUUAAUGUUGGGUACCACAACGAGCACCACGACUUCCCCAGCAUACCAGGACGCAGAUUGCCCAUGGUGAAGAAAAUAGCAGCAGAAUACUACAAAGAUCUUCCGUGUUACACGUCAUGGGUGAAGGUUCUGUAUGACUUUAUCAUGGAUGAUAAACUGAGCCCGUACUCGCGUGUGAAGAGAAAACUUACAGGAGACAUCAAACAAGAGUAACGCAUCUGAACCAUCACGGAGCACCAAACCGCCAACUGCUUUAAUAUAUCGCUCACCAACUAAAGUGUGAAAGAGAUAUUCGUGUGAUUUUAGUCUUCAUUUCAGACUUUGUGACAGAAAUGAAAUAGCAACAUUACUGUUUUAAGCAAGUGUACUUUUUAAUUGAGUCUUAAUUCUAAACCAAAAUGCUGACUUGAGAUCUAUCGCACAAGUCUAGACUGUUACAUUGUGUUCGUGUUUUGCAUUUCAAUGGUAAUGUUUCUACAGUGUAUGCUAAUAUCUGCUUCAUAUAAGAGCUUUUAACAUGGAAAAUGUAACUGUGAAGAUUUGAAAAUGGUUUCAUUGAUGUCAAUCAUCUUGUAACUCUUCACAGACUGUCUCGAUCAGCAGUCAGCGCUCCUGUCGUAAUGUAUGAAUAACACGUGAACAAGAAGCUACUGUUUGUUCACACUUCCAGAGCUCAUAGGAGUAUGAAAUGGUAAAAGUUUCAUUUCCAACAUAAUAUAUCUUGUUUUAAAGACAAUGCCUACUUUUAAACUGGUUGAUACUGAUAAAUGCAGGAUUUACUGGUACAAUCUGUAUUCAUAUGAAAAUGUUACAUUAAUUUUGGCACAAUGGGUUGUUCAUGCCUCUGUUAUUUUACCAAGUACCAAAAUAAAUUCACACACAUUGGCAACAAUGAAGUACAAUGUCAACAUUUCUACAUUUUAUAUAACAUAAGAUGUCAUUUCUGAACAAAAAACUCCUUAAUAAAUCUGUCAUCAUUUAAUGAUUA